AUGUCUGAUCAAGAACACGACUUUGGCGAUCUUUUCGGUUCCGAGAAUGAAGAAUCCGACUUGGAAGAGACUCCAUCCAGAGCAACAUCACCAGAAGCGCGGGAUCGGGUAGAAUCUGAUGCUGAAUCGCAAGCAAACAACAAUGACCAAGUCCUCGGUAAACGACCUGCAAGAAGCCAAGACGAUGAUGACGGCAUAGCACAAGAGGUCGAUCGCUUCUUUGACGAGGAAGACGAAGAAGAGGAAGAGGAUCGUGAAGAACAAGAAGACGAGGGGGAUCGUUUCCAAGAGAAAAAACAACGUAUCGCUAUUGACAUUGAGAUGCCAUCUUUGCCUUUACCGGUAUCAUCAGAUGGAAAGUUUUUCCUUGCAAAGUUACCUCGAUUUUUGGAUGUGGAUCCUAAUCCAUUCGAACCCGAAGCCGCGCGUGAAGCCUAUGAACAAGAAAUGCAAGAAUCAAGUCAACCUGAAUUGUUGUUGCAACAAAUGGAACGUACGGUUCGAUGGCGUAAUGGCGUGAAUGAAAAUGGAGAGGAGGUCUUGGAAACCAAUACGCAUUUUAUUGAGUGGGAAGAUGGUACAACAUCUUUGAUGGUGGGCAAGGAACUUUACGAUGUCAUCAAGAAGCCUAUUCAUGAAGAAGAACACCUUUUACUACUCGCACAUCAAACCAACUCGGGUGUUUUGGAAAGCCAUGCCGAGCUCACGCACCAAAUGACAUUCCGCCCAAGUGAAACCUAUCGUCCUUUGACCAGUGCUGCUGCUGAAAAGACUAAGCAGGCAAAGACCAAAAUGUUCUUUACGGAACACGAUCCAGAACAAAUGAAGCAGAAUAUCGAGGCACAAGAGAAUGAACGAUUGAAAGCACAACGCAAACUCGAGAAUCAGCGUCGGAGGAUGGAUACACAAUACACCACAGGCAGUUCGUCUUAUCUAUACAACGAUUAUGAUGACGAAGAGGAUGAAGGCGAAGAUUACGAAGAAGGUGGCGAUUAUGGUGCUGAAGAGUAUGAUUCGGCUGAAGAAGAAGAACGCGAAGCUCGAUUAAAUCGUCUCAAAGGACGUUAG